GGGACAUUCAGAUCCGGAGGCAUCAGUUUCCUCAUCGAGCUGUUCCUUUAAAACCACCUCGGAAUAAAGAGAAUUUCAGUGACUGGCAGAGAAUCAACGGAACGGUUCUCCUUCUCUUCAUUUUUACGCACAUCUUAAAGUGAACGGCGAGGCUCAACCCAGGAUCCCUUCCUUCAGAAAAAAUGUCCAAAGUCGAAAGCAGGAAUGGUCACGCCGACAAGCAGAGAAACGGAGAUGCAAGGACGGAAAAAGUGGACGAUGUUUUCGACGACACCUACAAGGAAAAAGAGGGGAAACCGCCGACGAGAUAUGUGUGGAGAAAUAUCAUCCUGAUGACCCUCCUCCAUACCGGUGCACUUUAUGGGCUGACUCUCGUUCCCUCCGCGUCGAGGUCAACUCUCGCAUGGAGUGCUGUAUGCUACAUGAUCAGCGCUCUGGGCGUGACCGCUGGAGCCCACAGAUUGUGGAGCCAUAGAUCCUAUAAGGCUUCUUUCCCCCUGCGAGUCUUCCUUGCUCUCGCUAACUCCAUGGCAUUCCAGAACGACAUAUAUGAGUGGGCGAGGGACCACCGCGUUCACCACAAGUACUCUGAGACGGACGCCGACCCCCACAACGCCACGCGCGGCUUCUUCUUCUCCCACGUCGGCUGGCUGCUGGUUCGCAAGCAUCCCGACGUCAUCGAAAAGGGGAAGAAACUGGAGCUGACAGACCUGAAGCAAGAUAAAGUGGUGAUGUUCCAAAGACGGCACUACAAGCUCUCUGUGGUGCUUCUUUGCUUCCUCGUGCCCACGUUGGUCCCCUGGUACUUCUGGGGUGAAUCCUUGGCUGUGGGAUACUUUGUCUCUGGACUCCUGAGAUACACCAUGGUGCUCAACGCCACCUGGCUGGUCAACAGCGCCGCGCACAUAUGGGGCAACAGGCCGUAUGACAAGACCAUUAACCCAAGGGAGAACUCGCUGGUUGCAUUCAGUGCCAUAGGGGAAGGCUUCCACAACUACCACCACACAUUCCCUUUCGACUACGCUACGAGUGAGUUCGGCUGCAAGCUCAACCUCACCACUGCCUUCAUCGACCUGAUGUGCUUUCUGGGUUUGGCCGAGGACCGCAAGAAGGUUUCAAAGGAAAUCAUUGUUGCCCGCAUACAGCGAACCGGGGACGGCAGCAACAAAAGCGGCUGAGUCACGGCCGCUAUGCGCUCGGCAACUGAUACAAUAUGUCGUACCAAGACAGAACGUAGCAGCAGGUAUAGCAGCAUUUCACUUAUCGAGUGGUGAUUACCAUGCUUCAGAUUAUAAAUUAAACCUCUUCUUGAGACUAAUGGACCUUUCCAUAAAAUGUGUGGGUCUGUUUAAGUUUUGAAGUGUUCUCACCUACUCUUAUCCGCGGGCAGCGAUUUGGCUGCUCGUGGAAGCACAGCUUUUUUACCAUAAUAUCAAACAGGCGGGAGGAGAUUGAAAGUCUAUUUUGGCCACAUUAGCACAACAAAACAAUAGCAGUGUGUAAAAGCAGUGAUUACAGAAUAAUUUACUGUACCUUUUUAUUUAUUAAUUUGCUAUUUAUUAAUAGUAUUUGGCACUUUGAAAGCUUUAUUGAAACCCUUAAUAGUAAGGUUUCUCUGCAGACAAGACUGAUGUCUAUUGUUGAAGCUCCUGUCAGUAGUGCUUUGUUUCAUUCCAUAAAGUGCAGUUAUAGCUUGGUAUUUGGCUAUUUUAAGCUAAGGGUUGCUCUAUUUUAGGUAAACUAGUAGUCUUCCUAAACCUGCUGUAUUCAAGGCCAACGUCAACACAGUCAGUCCUCUAUUGAACUACCCCCUCUUGUCAUACCUGCUCCACACUUGGGGAUAUUUAAUGAGUUUUCGUAUACUGACUAAAAACUUAAGUUCACACCUUUCCUGGUAUAACACUAUGUAUACCUCUUGUUGAAAAUGUGACGCCGCCUCAGACUCCAUCAUUCGGUCUCUCUAUGUAGGUGCCUCUGGACUGAAACCUUAAAACGAGACAUGUCACUUUUAAGCUGGAAGAAAUAAUUAUUUUUGCAUUUAUUUUCUAUUCAUUUCAAAUACAGUCACACGUUCCCCCUCUCCUUCAAAUAAGGCCAAAAGGCAUGCAUAUAGAGGCUUAUAUUUUUGUGCUUGGUGAUAUUAUUGAAACAUUUAUGAGGAGUCUUGCCCAUAUGCCUUAUGAGGUUUGCACACCUGUUUAAAAAAAAAAAAAAAGAAAGAAAGAAAGAAAAAAAAACGUGAAUGAAUUAGGGCUUAGGAUUCUGUCGAAUCGGUUGUUUGGUGUCUGUCUGCUUUCGAGGAACUCUUGAAAAAGUGAAUUCCCUUUUUCCCAUUUAAAAUGAAAUUCUGGCUUGCCAUGUUUUCACUUUUCUGUAACCAAACAACUGCAUUACUCUGAAGCAAACGUGGCUAUGACAUCCUUAGUGAUACUGUUGUAAUAUCUGUUGCCUUUACAGAGCAACGGUAACAGUGCAAUGGUGUUAAAAAUGGCACUUUUUUUUCAAAGAAUGUUUUUGUAUGUAUCGUAUGUACCGCAAAUAAACCAAAUUUUCUACAUGUGAACAAAUAUGUUGGAAUUCUGUAAUACUCCCGAUUCAUAUAUUGAAUAAAAACUGAACACACCA